CAGCACUGGCGUGGACCCGACCUUCUGUGCUGGGCAGACUGCCCAGCUCUCUGGAAGCUCGCCCUGAGCUGGGGAGCCCCAAACCCAGGGACCCACAGGGCCCCUCCCCCACGGUGUUCCUUUCCCAAGCCCUCUGCUCCCAACCCGUGCUGUCCCAGCAGGCUACUUCCUGUCCUCUCUUUGGGAGCCGCCCAGGUCUCUGCCCCUGAAGGAGGGCAGCAAAAGUGGCCCGGAAGCAGAGGCUCCAGGACGCUGAGGGGCAGAAGCCAGAGCCUCAGGGAGAAGUUGCAGCUCUCCUCCCGUCCUUUGCACAAGCAGACUGGGCCCCUGCAUCUGACCCUGGAAGGAAGAACCUCUUGAGAUGUCUUCCAGUAAUGACCCUGGUACAAUCCCGAUGAUAGAAAGAAAUCCCAGUGACCUUCCUGGAAUGGACACCAGUGACCCAGACACAUUGACUGGAGAGGCUGUGUUGAGUUUUCAUAACAUCAGCUAUCGAGAGACAGUGCAGAGUGACUUUCCAUUUCAUAAAAAAACACGUGUAAUAGAAAGACUAUCUAAGAUCAGUGGAAUCAUGAGACCUGGCCUCAAUGCCAUCAUGGGACCUGAAGAUGGGAGCAGAUCUUGGUUACUAGAUGUCUUAGCUGCAAGGAAAGAUCCACGUGGAUUAUCAGGAGAUAUUUUGAUAAAUGGGAAACCUCGACCUGCUAAUUUCAAAUGUACUUCUGGUUAUGUACCACAAAAUGACGUGGUGAUGUACACAGUGACUGUGAGAGAAAAUAUAGAGUUCUCAGCAGCUCUUCGACUCCCAAUGACUGUAACUAGAGAUGAAAGAAGAAGACGAAUUGAUGAGGUCCUUGAACUUCUGCAUCUGGAUAAAGUGGCAAAUGUUAAGCCUAGAUCUAAGGAGCUCAGGAAAAGGACCAGUAUAGCAAUGGAGCUGGUCACCGAGCAUCCCAUUCUGUUCUUGGAUGAUCCCACCACUGGCUUAGACUUGGUAACUACAACAGAUGUCAUCUCGGUCCUGAUAAGGAUAUCUAUGAGGGGACAGACAGUCAUCUUCUCCAUUAAUCAGGCUCAGUACUCCAUCUUCAGAUUUUUUGAUAGCCUCACCUUAGUGGCCUCAGGAAAAGUCAUGUAUCAUGGGCCUUCACAAGAAGCAUUGGAGUACUUCAAAUCCGCAGGUUACGAAUAUGAUUCCCACAACAACCCUGCAGACUUCUUCCUGGACAUCAUUAAUGGAGGUUUCUCAGCUAUAUUAGACACAGAGGAAGAAGGCCAUGAUGCUGACAAGUACAAAGAGCUUUCUGGGAGACAGCACCAAGUCACAGAAAAAUUAGCCAACAUGUAUGCCCAGUCCUCCUUAUACAGAGAAAUGAGAACUGAACUGGAUCCACUCUUGGGGGAACAGAGGACAGGGAGGAGCUCAGCCGUGGAGGAGAUCACGUGUGUCACCCCUUUCUGGCAUCAACUCAGAUGGAAUAUCUUUCAUUUAUUCAAAAAUUACUAUGGUUUUCCAGAUGUCACUAUGAAUCAGGCAGUUAUCACAGCCAUAAUCUCUGUGAUUGUGGGUACCACUUUCUGUGUCCUAAGAAAUGAAUGUAAUGAAGUCCAGAUCAGAGCUGGCCUGCUCUUUUUCUUCACAGUCUUCCAGACCAUCACAAGUGUGUCUGCCAGGGAGCUCUUUGAGAUUGACAGGGACCGCUUUCUACAUGAGCAUACCAGUGGAUACUACAGAGUGUUACCAUAUUUCCUUGGGAAAUUGCUGGCUGAGCUGGUACCCAGGAGGUUAUUACCAAGUAUUAUAUUUACUGUUAUAGUAUUCAGCAUAGCAGGAGUGGAAACAGAUGUGAAGGGUUUCUUCGCUAUGUUUUUUACCAUCAUGAUGCUGGCUUAUUCAGCCAGUUCCCUGCCACUGUCUAUAGGGGCAGGGGAGAAAGCAGAAGCUGUACCAACAGUACUUGUGGUCAUCUACUUUAUGUUCAUGCUGAUUCUUAAAUGCAUAUAAAAUGCUUUGAUGAAUUCCAUGUCAUUUUCUCCUUCCCAAAUCCUUCCUUGUGGAAUUUUGAAUGAGAAAUGUCCCCUAAGGCUCAGGGACUUGAACACUUGGUUUGCAGUUGGUAGUAUUGUUGGAGAGGUUGAGACUUGAUGGAGAAAGUCUGACCCUGUGCGAUGGGAGGGGUUUUGAGCCUUUCCCCUGUAAUCUUAAUCUGUACCCCUUAAUAAAAGGGGAGUGGGAAUAUACCAGUGAAUUCUGCAGUGAAGAUGUAGUGGCCACUGGAGCCUGUUCAGAGCUGGGCAGGAGUCAGUGGGCCAAAGGUCACUGAACUCACUGCAAAGCAGGCUUCCUCCGUGGGAUCUGGAACAUAUUGGCUCAUGAGUUUGUGCAGACUCUGGGUCCUUGGCUUAGGCAGCAGAAUGCAGGAGGGGCCAGCCCCUCUCCCUCUCCCAACAGGUUUUGUUUUCUCAGGGUUAUGGAUAAUUGUCAUCUGUUAGAGUUUCAUUAUAAGUUUUAAUAGGGUUGAGGGUGGAACAAUAAAGUUUAGACUCAGGAAUCUCUUUU